GGCGACGUCGACGUUGACGGCGCCUCUCGAGAAAUCACAUAGCCAAGCGCAAAACUUCUCCGCCGAGAGCAUCACACACCAGCUGGCCGAAUCAAGAUGCCACCCAUCUCGUGGGAAGAGAUCGUCUCCUCCAGACCCUUCCGGUUUUCUAUCGGGCCAAACAAACGCCAAUUUACUAUGCACUCCGCCCUGGUUGCUGCACAGUCGCCUGCGCUUGCCGCACUUGUCAACAAUACGAAUUUCAAGGAGGCUCGAGAGUCGCACGCCGAGUGGGAGACCGUCGACGAAGAAACAUUCCUCGCGUUCGUCCAGCACGCUUAUGCCGGGCCGCCUAAUGCGCCUAAUGCGGAUCGCACCGUGCACGAUCAGAGAAAGAGGAAACGGGAAUCUUUAUUCCGAGAUGCUCGGCCAGCUCCCAGGAAACACAGAACGCAGCAGUGGGCGAAUUUCAUAGAGCUCAUCGGCAACAGUGUUCCUGACUACUAUCCGCCGACCCUCACCAUGUCCCGCUCGAACACCCGGAGGCGCGGUGCCAAUGUUUUCCUUCGCCAUGCCCGGCUCUAUGUGUUCGCCGACUUUUACGGAAUCUCGAGGCUGAUGGACCAAGCCUUCUGCAAUCUCGGGGAAGCCUUGGUCACUUUCCAUCUGAGCCCCGACAAUGUGGAAGACGUUAUCGCAUUGUUGAGCUAUUGCUACGAGGACGAUAGACCUGCGCGGCUGAGGUCCAUGGUGGUGAUGUACGCGGCCUGCUGGGCAGAGAGCCUGUGGACGACCAGCAGCUUCCAGAAGCUAGUGGAGGAACACCGCGAACUGUCCACCGGCCUACUCCGGUCCCUGUUGGAGAAGCAGGAUUGACGGCGAUAUUUACCGUUUCGGCACGUGUCCUGGACCUUCGGGCAUUUGCUGGGCACUAGCAUACUUCAUCUUUUUGAGUUGAACGUUCAGUUGUCUUGCUGUAAGGUUGACGCACCCGAUUCAUGGUAUUUUUCGCCACACCCACAC